CCUACCUUGGAUCGAAAGUCAAGACUCGAGACUCUGCAAAUCAUUUUAUAGUUUCGACAUCAUUUUGGUAGCUAAUCGAGUAGAGUUUCUGGAAAGAGUGAGCGUGCCAAAGGAGAAGAUCUUGUGAUGGAUGUUAUCAAGACACAGCAGAUCUCGGCAAGGCCGAUAGAGAAGGUUAUAGUUCACCCUCUCGUUCUUCUCAGUAUUGUCGAUAAUUACAACAGAGUCGCUAGGGAUACUCGGAAGCGCGUUAUUGGUGUCCUACUCGGGAGCUCCUUUAAGGGAACUGUUGAUGUUACCAACAGCUAUGCAGUGCCCUUUGAAGAAGAUGACAAGGAUCCAAGCAUCUGGUUUCUCGACCACAACUACCAUGAAUCAAUGUUUUCUAUGUUCAAGAGAAUAAAUGCCAAGGAGCAUGUUGUCGGUUGGUACAGCACAGGUCCAAAGCUGCGGGAAAAUGACCUGGAUAUUCACGGAUUAUUCCAUGACUAUGUUCCAAACCCUGUCUUGGUCAUUAUUGAUGUCCAACCAAAAGAGCUGGGAAUACCCACUAAAGCUUACUAUGCUGUUGAGGAGGUCAAGGAGAAUGCAACUCAGAAAAGCCAGAAGGUGUUUGUGCAUGUACCUUCGGAAAUUGCUGCUCAUGAAGUAGAGGAAAUUGGAGUAGAGCAUUUACUCAGGGAUGUGAAGGAUACAACAAUUAGCACCCUUGCAACAGAGGUUACAGGCAAACUUGCAGCAUUGAAGGGGCUGGAUGCACGACUCCGAGAGAUACGUGCCUAUCUUGAUCUUGUUGUUGAUGGAAAACUCCCCUUGAAUCAUGAGAUUCUGUACCAUCUACAGGAUGUCUUCAACCUUCUUCCGAAUCUUAAUGUGGCCGAGUUGAUCAAGGCUUUUGCCGUGAAAACAAAUGAUAUGAUGUUGGUUAUUUAUCUAUCCUCCCUCAUCCGGAGUGUAAUUGCCCUACAUAACCUGAUCAACAACAAGAUGCUUAACAAAGAACAUGAGAAAGCUGAAGAUGCGAAGCCAGCAGCAACGCCAUCUACAUCUGGGAGCUGAAAACAGGAUCCACCGUGCUCAGAUUUCCUGCCACCAUAGAGCUCACGCUUCAAUUGCACAAUGCGCCAACUAUGUUCCUCUUUGUAUUCUGCUGUUAUCUCUGAGUGGGACUGGAGAGAGCAUGGAUCUUUGAAUCUAUACCUUGAUCCGUCGCCCUCUGAUAUAAAUUUUUUUUUCGGGAUAGUUUUUUGUACUCAAUGUCUUUAGGUACAUUAGACCAGAUACUGUUUUGACAGCAUGGAUUGC